AUGUAAUAGAUUUAAUAAAAUUGGGUUGGGAAAUUAAUCAAUGCAGCAACAUCCGAGAAUCCAAAUAGAAAUUAUAGAAUAGAAAAUGUCUUAGGCUAAGGGUCUUAAGGAUCAGUCUAUUUAGGCAAACAUAUUAUUAAUAACUUUUAAUAAAUUGAUGUAGCAAUUAAAAUAUAAUCAUAUAUGAGUGAAUAAGAAAUUCAAUUCUUAAAAAGUUUAAUUCAAUAUCAAAAUUAAUAUGAAAAUAAUAAACAAAAUUUACAAAAUUAUAACCCUUCAUAUAUAAUUAGAAUAUUUGACUUCUUUCAACAUAAUAAUGAUUGGAUCCUAGUUAUGGAAUUAGGCACUUAAGACCUGUAUAAAUUUAUUUAAUCCAAACAUUAACUUCCAAUUUAAUAAUUAGGAUAACUAUUAAAAUAAGUAAUCUUUUAUAUUUAAUUAGAUUACAAAAUCUAUCUCUUUUUUACAUGAUAAGUAACUUUUACACAGAGACAUUAAGCCAGAAAAUUAUAUUUAAAUAGGAGAUGAAUAUAAAUUAACUGAUUUUGGAUUAAUCACUACUUAAUUUAGAUAGAAAACUACUAAUGUUGGAACUGUAUUAUAUUAAGCUCCUGAACUUAUUUCUAAUCUUAAUAAUUAUACAUAAGCUAUUGAUAUAUGGUCUUUAGGUUGUAUAUUCUAUGAAGUACUUUCUGGAUAAACUUUGAUUUAAGGAACAACUUAAGAUUAAAUAUAGAAAAUGAUUUUAGCUCAUAAACAGGAUUGCACUUUAAUUAAUUAAAGAAUAAAUUCAUUAAAUUGUAAUAAAGAUAUAAAAGAUAUGAUAAUUCGUAUGAUGGAUCCAAAUCCUUUAAAUCGAUUAAAAACUUAACAAAUUAUAGAAAUAUUAGAUUCUAAAUUCUCCUUCUAAAAAUUUCCAAUAAUAAAUUAAUUUCCACAAUAAUUAAAUAUUCCAUUUGCUUAAAAUAAUUAAUUCCCACUUCAAUAUUAACAAAUACCACAAUAAUAAUAAGGAAUCAUUAUGCAAUUUAAUCAAUAAAAUUAAUCAUAAUAAUAAUAAUUAUUAGUGGAUAUGUAAAAGUAAUUGUCAUAAUAGUAGAUUUUAUUAGAAAGUAUAACAACUAAUUUUAAAUUUCUUGUUGGAAUUGUAGAAGAUACUAAAAAUAUGAUGAAUGAGAUUAAAAAAGGAUAAGAAUAAUAAAAAAUUGAAAUCAAUCAAAUUAAAAAUGAUAUAAGCGUUGAAAUUUAAAGUAUUAUUAAUAUUAAACUAGAUGUUUAUUAAAAUAAUAUAAUAUCUAAAAUAGAUAAAAUUUGUGAAGAAUAAGAAGUGAUCAAAAUUAAUUAAUAAAAAUUACUAGUUCAAAAAGAUUAGGAUUUCAUAACAUAAUUUUAGGAGUCUAUCAAUGAUAAAUUUAAGAAUAUAGACAAAUUUAUGAUAAGCAUUCAGUAAGUUUUGUAAGAAAACAAAUUAGAAAAAAAAGAAUUCAACAAUUAAGUAAAUGAAUAGUUCAUAGCCAAACAAUUAGAUGAAAAUUUUAUAAAUAAGUUAACAAAAAAAAAUAAUCCACAAAAAAAGGAUAAAUAAUAAGUAUCAAAAAAUGAAGAUUAAGAAUCAAAUAAAUCUAAUUAAAAUAAACCGUAACAAGAUUUUUAACUAAUUCAUUAAAAAAAGAGAGCUGGUACCUCAUAAUUAAAAUCUAAAAAUUAAUAACAAAAAUAAGGUAGAUAAACAGAAAUAUACGAUGAUGGCGGUAAUGAUGAAGAUAGAUAAUCUAUGAAAAAUUGA